AUGAGAAGAAUCAGCACAUUUUAUGAAAUUGUUGACAUACAAAACAUAUUUUUCUCUGAAGUAGGCAUUGGGAUUUCAUCCAACAGCAUCCUCCUCCUUUUCCAUAUUCUCGAGUUCCUUCUUGAACACAGGCCCUGGACCACUGACCUGCUCACCAGCCUCCUGGUCCUCAUCCAUUUUGGGAUGCUAAUGAUCAUGGGGGUCACAGCUGCUGACAUUUUUGCAUCUCAGAAUACAUGGGGUGACAUCACGUGUCAAUCCCUUGUCCACUUGCACAGGUUUUUGAGGUGCCUCUCUCUUUGUGCUACCUGCCUGAUGAGUGUCCUCCAGGCUGUCACCCUCAGCCCCAGAAGCUCCUAUUUGACAAAGUUCAAACAUAAACCCCCACAGCACAGCCUGUGUUCCCUUCUUGUGCUGUGGGCCUUCUACAUGUCCUGUGGAGCUCACUUCUCAUUCUCCUCUGUUGCUGACUACAACGUCACCUCACACUGGCUCAUAUUUGUCACUGAAUCCUGCAUUAUUUUACCCAUGAGUUCUAUCAGCAGGCGCUUAUCUUCCAUAUUGAGGCUAUUUUGGGAUGUGCCCUCUGUAGGUCUCAUGGUCCUCUCCAGCUGGUCCAUGCUGACUCUCCUGUGCAGGCACAGAAGCAGUCCCAGCAUCUUUACAGCACUUUCUCCAAAAGCAUCUCCAGAGCAAAGGGCCGCCCAGACCAUCCUGCUGCUCUUGAGUUUCUUUGUGGCGAUGUACUGCUUGGAUUGCAUCAUAUCUUCCUCCAGACUUAUGCAUAACAGUGAUCCAAUCCGCCAUGGUAUCCAGAUGAUAGUGUCCAAUAGCUAUGCCACCAUUAGCCCUUUGCUGCUAAUUUGUACUGAAAAAUGA